AUGAAUAACCAAGUAAAACCAACUUUAUCAAAUAAAGCAGAAAUAAUAAAUAAAUGGUUAAUUGAUAAUGGUGUAAGAAUUAAUAAUAAAUUAAUUAAAAUAGUUUAUUUAGGAAAGGAAAAUAAUUUUGAGCAAACUGAAAAUACAACAGCAACAACUACUACAAGUGAAAGAAUAAAUGAUUCAAUUGUAUCAGGAUUAGGUGUUAUUAGUUUAAAAGAAUUAAAAGUUGAUGAUAUUGUAGCAAAAAUUCCAAAAUCAAUUAUUUUAUCGAUUCAUACAUCCUCAAUUUCAAAUAUAUUAGAGAAAUAUAAAAUUGAAAAUAAUAUAGGUACAUCGAUUGCAUUAAUACAUGAAGCAUCAUUAGGUGAAAAAUCAAAAUGGUAUGGAUAUAUUUCAUCAUUACCACGUAAAGUUGAUGUACCAAUUCUAUGGGAUUCAGAAUCAAGAAAGCUUUUAAAAGGUACAGCAAUAGAAGAUGUUUUAAAUGAUGAUGAUAUUUUAAUUAAUCAAGUUUACGCAGAUGUAAUUGAAUCAAUUCUCUCAAAAAAUCAUCCAGAAAUAUUUGGAGAUAAAGAACUAUAUAGUAUUGAAAACUUUAAAAUUGCAAAUUCAAUCAUUUCAUCAAGAGCAUUUUGUGUUGAUUCUUAUCAUGGUGACUCAUUAGUACCAUUGGCAGAUAUAUUCAAUCAUCAAACUGCAAGAGAACAUGUUCAUAUUGAAUCAAAUGGUGAUGUCUGUAAUAAAUGUGGUUCAAUUAAAACCUGUAAACAUAGAAAAGUUGUAACUCAACAUCAUACUGUUAAUUCAACAAAAGGUAAAAGAACUCAUAAAGUUGCUGGUAUACCAUCAUCUAAAAAACAUAUUCAUAAAGGUAAUUGUUGUUCAACAACAACCACAAAAACUAAUGAAGAAGAUAAAGAUACAAUUAUUGAAGAAGAUGAUGAACAUUUAUAUAUUAAAGUUGUUAAAGGUGUUGAAGCAAAUAAAGAAGUUUAUAAUACAUAUGGUGAUCAUGAUAAUGCAAUUCUUUUAAGUAAAUAUGGAUUUUUAGAGAUGGAUAAUCCAUGUGAUAGAUUAUCAAUUGAUAAACAAUUAGUUGAUAAAGAAUUAGAAUUGAUUGGAGCAGAGAAUCAAAUAACUAGAAUGGAUUUAUUUAAUCGUAUUAGUUUUUAUGCUGAAAUGUUUGAUAUUGAUUCCAGAAAUAAUCAUGCAAUUGAAAAUGAUGGUAGAUUAGAUGAUGCAUUAGUUUGUUCAGUUGGUAUUGCAUUAGCACCACAAUCAAUUUUCCAAAGUUGGAAAUCAAUGUCUGAACAUAAAAGAGAGAAAUACUUUGAACAAUUAGAAGCUGAAGAUAUCGUCAAACAAAGUCAAUUAGUACGUAAUACUUUAUUAUCAAUUUUAAAUAAAUUAUUUUCAAAUUAUAAUAAUUCAAAUGAAACAACAGCAACAACAACAAUUGAACAAGAUCAAGAAAAAUUAUCAACUUUAAAAAAUCAAAGAGAAAUUAUUGCUCAAUCUUUAAAAAUUUGUGAAAAAACUUUAAUUAAUAAAUCAAUUAAUUAUUAUAAAAAUUUAUAA